UGGCUCGAGGUAUUUGUGCUGCGCGCAAAGAAGCGUGAGUCUCGAAGCUCUCUUGGCACGGAGGGCGCGUCGCGCAGCCUGCCCUUCCCUGGAGAGCCUCUCCCGCGAUGCCGAGGAAGGUUGACACUGCGGACAGCAGCGACUCCGACGACUACGAGGACACGGGGAGGCUGGUCACCGUCUGCCGCACCGUCGGAGUGGUUCUCGUGGUGAUCGGGGCGUCGGCCAUCGGCCUCUGGCUCAUCAUGUUUCGGGCUAGCUCCAACCCCGGGGAGCACAGGCUGCUUUCCUUCAACUGCUCCGACAACACGUCAAGCAUAGAUGAGCUGCUGGCGUGCCACGAGAAGAAGGGAGCGCGCCUCAGGGAGGAGAUAGUGGACACGCCAGCCGGAUGCGCAGUGAAGAUGGAGGAGUUUCUGGCCUUCUUGCUGUCCCAUAAGCGGAAGUAUUACCACGGGGAGUCCGUCGACGUCACGGAGUUCAAGCAGCGCCUGCAGAAUUUCUGCGAUACGCUCAAGGUGAUCGACGAGAGAAAUGCCCAGGCCAACCUGAGCGGGCUGGGCAACCCUGCCAAGCACGGGAUCACGAAGUACGCCGACUGGUCGCCCGAUGAGUUUCACAGCAUCCUCGGGGGCCAGGGUGGUUCCUGGAUGGACUCCUCCAGGCGGCUUCUCAGCAGGCGGCUCGACCGGUUUAAAAAGUUGGAUGACGCGGCGACAUCCAGCCUGCAGGCCAGCUGCACCUCCGACUGGUCCAGCCGCGGCCAAGUCCGCAACCAGGGUGCAUGCGGAGAUUGCUGGACGUUUUCGACAGCGGAGUCUAUGCGCUCCGCGCUGUGGCAGCAGACGGGGCAGGACCCUGGAGUCCUGAGCACGCAGUACCUCACGGACUGCAUGACCAAGACGAGCUGUAAGGGCUCCGUGAACGGAUGCUGCGGGGGCAACCCGGGCGAAGCCAUGACUUGGCUCAUGAAGCAGGGCGGCAUACCGACGCAGGAGGCCUACGGGGACGUGUAUUCGUCCGAGCAGGAUGCGGCCAGCAAUGCGGAUCCCUCGUCUGGCUCGGCCGCGGGCCCAGUCUCGGAGGACGGCAAUGGCAUCACGUACAGCGGUAACUCGCCAGACAAGUCUUUCCCGUGCAAGUCGGGGAUCCCCGCGGCCGUGCAGCUGGAGGGCGGGCCAACCGUACUCAAGACCGAAGCCGACAUGGAGUCCUUUGUCUGCGAGACGGGGUCCCUGUCAAUUUUGGUGGAUGCCUCCGCGUGGCAGACGUAUCAAUCGGGCGUGAUGGACGCGAGCUCGUGCGGCACGAAAAUCGACCACGCGGUGCUGCUGAUAGGGGUGAACCAGGGAGAGAAUGCCUGGCUGGUCCAGAACUCCUGGGGGGUGGACUGGGGCAUCAGCACGUCUGGGCAGCAGGCGCCCACGGACGCGUACUCCAACUGCGCGCAGCUUGCUGGCACGGACCAGCGCGGCUGCAAGGACAAGCUCCAGGGUGGCGGGACUGUGGCACAGUCUUGUUCGGCUUCCUGCGGGGAUACCUCCAGCAGUGGAGGCUACAUCUGGCUGCAGUUCGGGGCAAACACCUGCGACAUCACCUACGAAGCGGUGCAGGUCCCCACCCUGAAGGCUGUCUGAAGCUCGGCGUCCCUCUUGCCAGUCUCGGGCAGCGUCGGCACCCUUCUUCUCGCCCUCUCCCUCCUCUUGAAGUUGCCCGCCCGUCUUCAGCGCGGGCAAUGCAUCGCCGCUGCUUUAGAGCUUUCUUCGUUAUCCAGCUGCUUGCGGCAAGUCUCACCACCGUGUCAGCGCAGCACUCUGUGUGGUGACGCUUCGAGCACCCCCAAGAAGGCCGCAACACGUGACGCCUCUCGUCUCUAUUCCUUUGCGCCCCCGAUCUCUGCCUCCUGCUCCGUCGGCAGCCGGAGCGGCCUGGCCGCGGGCGCGGUGGCGGUGGCAGCAGCGCGCCUGGCCGCCGCGCCUGCGCGCGCCGUUUGGGCGCCCGCGCCGCCAUCGUUUUUUGCCUUUGACGCUCCGCGGGGUCCGUCGAGGGCGGGCCCAAUGGCCUCUUUGCCUGGCAGCGGCCCACCUGACAGGGAGCCGAGCCUGGCUGGGUGUCUCUGGGAGCGAGACGACCCACAAUCGUUAUCGCCAUCG